AUGGAAGAUGAUGUUGCCGGAGCUUCCAUUAUCUACCAGUAUCCUAUUCACCAGGCAGUUCGCUACGGUGAGCGAUAUGACCACGGCGUCGUGAUGCGGGACACACGAAAAAGCCCUUACUCUAUUAGUCAAUCGCCUUCCCUGGUCGUCCUCUCUUUCCUAAAGCUGCACAGAAACCUCCUUCGCCGGGUGACUUUCAGAUUGUUUGUUAAGGGAGUGGUGGAUCAGUACGAGAAAGUUGAGAAGAUUGGGGAAGGAACAUACGGUGUGGUUUAUAAGGCACGAGACAAAGUCACCAAUGAGACUAUUGCUUUGAAGAAGAUCCGCCUCGAGCAGGAGGAUGAAGGUGUACCUAGUACUGCUAUUCGAGAAAUCUCCCUCUUGAAAGAGAUGCAGCACAGCAACAUUGUCAAGUUGCAGGAUGUAGUGCACAGUGAGAGGCGUUUGUAUCUGGUGAUUGAGUAUCUUGACUUGGAUCUCAAGAAGCACAUGGACUCAUCUCCUGAUUUCUCCAAGGAUCUGCACAUGAUCAAAGCUUAUCUUUACCAGAUUCUCCAUGGAAUUGCGUAUUGCCACUCUCACAGGGUUCUCCACCGUGAUCUGAAGCCACAGAAUUUGUUGAUUGAUCGCCGCACUAACUCACUAAAGCUUGCAGAUUUUGGACUGGCCAGAGCAUUCGGUAUCCCCGUCAGGACAUUUACUCAUGAGGUGGUUACUCUCUGGUACCGAACACCAGAGAUACUCCUAGGGUCUCAUCAUUUCUCCACACCCGUUGAUAUUUGGUCUGUGGGAUGCAUAUUUGCGGAGAUGAUCACCCAAAAGCCCUUAUUUCCUGGAGACUCCAAGAUUGAUCAACUCUUCAAGAUUUUCAGAAUCAUGGGAACUCCAUACGAGGAUACAUGGCCUGGGGUAACUUCGCUGCCGGAUUACAAAUCUGCUUUCCCUAAAUGGAAGCAAACGGGCUUAGAGUCCUUUGUUCCGAAUCUGGAUCCCAAUGGAAUAGAUCUCCUCUAUAAAAUGCUAUUAAUGGAUCCGACCAAAAGAAUCAACGCAGGAGCUGCCUUGGAGCAUGAUUACUUCAAGGAUCUUGGCGUUAUGCCUUAGAAAAG